GACGCUGCGUCUGUUUCAUAGAGUGAACUUCUCGCGAGGUGAAAACCCACGCACGACGUCCACCGCAAAAAAAAAAAAACACCUGCGGAGAAACGUAGAGAAGGAAACGGAUUCCGAAUAUCGGAAGAAAAGAAUCCUUCGAGCAGGCCCAACGAAACCAUAGAGCCAUGAAGUUAGCAUUAAUGCUAGCAGUCUUAUGCUGCUUCGCGUUAGGCGUCCUAGCCUCGCCGCUUCCGGUAUCAUCCGCUAGUGAUUCGGCCGAGGUAAAAGUCGAGGCUUCUUCCCGACAAGCAACGGCAGCUGCACCUGCUGCAGCAGCCCCAUCAGAUGACGAAGACGAUGAUGACGACGAUGACGACGAUGGUCUAGAUCUCGGCCUCGACGACGACGAUGACGAUGAGGAUGACGACGAUGACGACGACGACGAUGACGACGACGAUGACGAUGAAGACGGCGCCGACUACGUCGAACGUUUCAUCGAAGACAUUCUCGGAGGCGACGACGACGACGACGACGACGACGACGAGACGAGUCCCGCGGCUCAACCAGCCGUUGCAGCCCAGCCGCAAGCAUCUCCGGCGGUAAAUCAAGUGCCUCAAAUAACGCAGCCCCAAAUCCCGCCGAAUGUCGAGGCCGAUUUGAACGCGGCUGUGGCCGAAGCAGCGCUGAACGAACAGGAGAACGGAGAGUACGAGGAGGACACGCCCGAAGAGCAGGCGGCGAGCACGAUCGUCGAGGCGAACGAAGAAGGUGCACAACCGGCGGUAUUAGCCGGGGAAAGUCUGCAGUCUGCGGCCGUGCCCUCAGUUGCAGUCGUUGAACAGGCCCCGGGGGAGGGGGACAACGACGAUGACGACGAGGACGACGACGACGACGAAGACGUUGACCUCGGGUUACCCGGGGCAGACGACGACGACGACGAAGACGACGACGACGAUGACGAAGACGAAGACGAAGACGAUGACGAAGACGACGAAUUAACCGAUCUCACCGAGGCCAGGAGAUCACGCGCGAUGUCACCGACGCCAAAUAAGCAUGUGCCGGCUAUUUACAUAGCAAAGUAUAACCGUUUUGUCGACAAUAUAUUGGGUCGAAUAAACAAAAUUCUUCGGACAAACUACAACCCCGUUACCGUCAAACUGACGAAUCCUAACGCGAGCGUAAAAGCGAACAAGAAAAAGACGAAGGGAAAAGGCAAAGGUAAAGGAAAGAAAGGGAGCAAAAACUCGGGCCAAAAGAGCGGUGUAAAAUUCACCGAAAAGAGCGCAUCUGCGACAAUGGUCAAUGCAGAUUUCAAUGAGAAUAACACGAGUGCAGCCAACAACAAUGACUUGAUGGAUUCAAGUUCGCAGGUCAAGAUCGAAGAUAGCAGGAAUACCGCCGAGGUUGAAGCUACCACAUUGAACAAUAUUGCGCUCAGUACUACACCGAAAAGUCCGGAGUCCAGUCGGGCAACCACUAAUUCGAAUAAGAAGAAGAAUAAGCGCAAGUCUUCGACCAAAAAGAACAACAAGACAAAAGCAAACAACAGCAGAGCAAAAGCGAGGGCAACUUUGUACGGUUUAGCAUCGCUGCAGCGAAUCGGCGACGUGUCUGUGAACAUGAUGACUGACCACACGACGGUAAAAACGAAAUUUUCCCUGGGUCCUCUAACCCUGAGAGUAGAAAGGGAAGUUGGAAAGUCUGGUAAAAAAGAGUUGAGAAGCGCAACUGCGACGACAGCUGAAAUGUCGGGAAAGUUGAACCUCCGAGUUCUUCACGGCGGAGCAGCUACACUGCAUUCGAUUCGUGUUCUGCAGCCAAAACAGGUUCGCAUUGAGAGCGCCGAUGACCAUGACCGCACCCGUGAAUUUGUGUGGAAGAGAUCUUCGCACAUUGCUCACGUUGUGUCGCAAAAAUUAUCUUCCGCUACGAAAUCUAUGCUACGUCCACCACCAAUUGCCGCGCAAGCUGCUUAACGACGAAAUGGCGAUUACGGGAAUAAUCUGUCGUUCGAUUAAGCUUAAGCUUAGCCAUAACUAUAAAUAUACUUUCCUAUAAAACGAGAAUUAUUAGACUUUGCCGUAUAGUAACGAAUCGAUAUAGAUCCUAACUGUUAUAAGGUCACAGUGUGAGUUGAUAUUAUAUUUAUAGCCGUUGAGCUAAUUUUCCUCGAUAAAUGCAUUUGUCGAGAGAUGAAUAUUUUUGCAGAAGGAUAUAGACAUUAAUCAUAGUUAUAAUACUUACCAUUUCCGCAUAAUGCAAUACUAAUCGCAAUAAUGUAAUACUUCUCGUUUUAAAGAAUAUUUUACUGUAUCAUUAUUAUUAUCAUUAUUGCUGUUCAUGCUAUAUUUAUAUCAUAUUAUCAUCGCUAUAUUUAUUAAUUAUCCGUUGUCAUUAUCAGUAUUACUUAUCCUGCCAUAUUUCAACUAACGAACUUUAAUAAUCGAGAAUGUGAUUAUAUUUUCUUCGAACAAAUUUCUAUUACCCUGAAUUUUAUUGCACAGAGCUGUGCACGUUUCACAUGUAUUAUUCAGCAUAUUAUACGCGCAACGAUGGCAGAUAGAAUCAAAUUAUAUCAAAUAAUCGUGGUACCAGGUAGUGGGUAGCAAUUUUUUAUAUCAAAAUUUUGACAUGUACUAUACGUAAUUUAUACAUUAUACAUUGAUGAACGCAACUGCGGAUUAGUUUUAUAACAGUGAAUUAUUUAUUCAAAAAAAAACUGAUAAGUGGUAGUACUGCUACUUACAUGUAACCUAUUUAUUUCGCUCACAAUCAGUACUCAUAAGAUAUUUAUAGGUAUUCGAUGUGUUUGUCCUCAUGUGUACAAUAGCUAUAAGAUCAGUAAAAGUGAAUGACAUAAAAAGAGAUA